CACAACCAGUGGGACUCUUGUGGUGGCGGAGGGAGUGCGGUGCAUGUUGUGCGCGGAGAACCACAAUGCCUAUUUUCUCGAAGGACUGGCGGGACCCGGGGGAUAAGUGGGUAAAAACGGACGAUGGAGGUUGGGAGAAGGAGAAGGAUGCCUGCGGGGGCUCGCUGACGGAUAUGGUUGUGAACUUAUCUGAUGAGGAGAACCAGGAGAACGUAGACCCUGAUGCCUUAAGUCUGAUAACUCGUCGAGGCAGCCGCGGGGAAAUCAUGGCCCCUCAGCCCUACUGCCGUAUUUAUACACGGAACACCAAAGAGGUGGCUGGCUUCAAUGGCUUAGGUGAGACGCUGAAGAAACUCGACUUCAUAAAUGCAGUCCGUGAUAUCCGCCGCUUCAGAUAUAUUUGUAAAUUGCUGGAUCUCCUGAUUACGCAAAAGCUCUCUACGCUCUCUGGAGGAGCCCAGAAAAUGUUGUUUGGCAUGCUGGAGGAGGUGGCCCAUGAAGUCACCAGGAGUCAGCAGAAUGUGCACCUCCUGCAGCACCUCCUACAGGAACUGAAGAAGAGAUUAGAGGAUUACCUCUGGGGAAGCAAGCUCGGGUCGACCAUUCUCUGGGAACAACAUACGCAACGCCUCAAGGGGAUUGAUGCCAUUGCCACUACCAUACAGAUCCAGCAGCCUGGAGAUGAUAUGCAUCCUACCUUACAAGAGGUUCCUGAGGAGUGCAUUCGGGAAAUAUUAAAACGUCUUGAUAAUCACAGAGAUAUUCAGUCAGCAGGGCAGGCAUACAGUGUAAUGGCAAAAGUCAGUGAAGAAAAAACUAUUUGGCGACAAUUGUGUCGAUUUCAUUGGACUCCAGCACAGAUAGAACAUGUUAUUCAGGUCCAUAAAGAAUUACAAGUGCAGAAGAACUGGCAGCAAAUUUACAACAGAUUAAGAAGAACAUAUGGACUACGUGAAGAAUAUGCAGAGAAGCUGUGUCUUUGCCGGAAUUGCAGCUGUCUAUUCUGGCAGUCUUAUGGACAUCCUUGCCGUACAGAUACAGACCAGAAUGCGCAGAUGGAAGAGCAGAUAGAGGAGGUGAAGUCAGACAUCAUUUACAUAGCUAUAACACCACAGGAGUUUCUCAAGUACUUCCACCUCUGAUGUGCCAUAAAUAUUUUUGGUUGUGAAUUAAGAUAAGGACUAAUACUGAAGAUUUUGAACAGUUUUUGUUGGUCUGUUUGAAAUUGUUGUCCUAAGCUGGUCUUAUUUGUUAUAUAUGCAUAAUUUUUUGUAUGUUUGUUAGUAUUCUUAUUUCUUUUGGGGUUAUUAUUGUGCAGAUGGUGUUCUAAAAGUAUAUACAUAUACUCCUAUGAGAGAUUUCAUUGCAAAGGUUAAAGCUUAUCAGGCAAUAUGGUACCUAGUCAUCAUUUUACAGCUGUGUGAAUAAAAUAUGUGCAGUUGAGAAUGACACUGAAUAGUUUUGAAAAAUGAAGAAUACAGUUGGCUUAGUCUUGGGAUCCAAAUGUAGUAUAUGAAAAUAGGGAAAGAGAAGGAUAUGGAAGAUAUGUGAUAUUAGAGAUUAAGGCAAGAGAGAGCAGAACAACAGGCCAGGUAGACACCUCACAGCUACAUUUUUUACUCAGAAAUACCCUGGUGUUGCUAACUUGAGUUCUGUUUGGGAAAAAUCGGAUAUACUUGUGUUCCAUUAUUAGUCGACUAUUCUGUAAGUUACAGCUGAUAUUACUACUUUCUAGUGCUGUUCAAUCUUUAGUUUAGUUGAAAAUAUAUGUUACAUCUUUUCCUUUUGAAGGCAUUCCACAUCCAUUUAAUUUUUUUUAGAUUUAACUAAGAUUGUGUCGUAAAAUUGUAUUAUUUAAGGCAUUUUAAGUCCAGAUCCUUUCAGAGAAAAACAUAGAGCUUGAGAUGAUAUACAUUGCAAGCAUGAACAGGGGUACUGAGAUGUGACGAUGCAAAGUAAUGUGUGAUUUGGUAUGUAAUUAAAUGAAUGAACUAUAGUUUAUUAAAGUGCCUCCUAUCACUGACUGUCUUGGAAAACACUAUUCCUCAGCUCAGUAAUUAUGGUUGUUUUUGUUUCUGUGAAUUUGAAAGAAUAGAAAGGACUUAAUAGUAAUCCUGCUUAUUCACUAAUAUAGACAAAUGCAGGGUCAAUAUUACUUAAAUUAUUUUGAUAUUGCAACAAUGUGUUAUGACAUAAACUCUCACUCUGGCAACUAAUACCAUUGACAGCUAGCCUCUCAU